ACUAAUAUACAUUUAUAUAGUUAUUUAUAUGUAUAUAUGUAUAUACAUAUACAUGGGUCUAAAUAUGUAUAUAUAUGUGCAUAUAGUUGUUUCCUGUCCUCAAUAGAAACGGAACCCCAGAAAAGUACCCAUAGUCCAUUGCGGCAUCGUUGGGGCACACAUUGGACUACAGACCAGCGUUGCUACGCUGGAAUUUUUCAAUAAUUUACGGCUAUCGUUUCAUUAAGGAUGAUGUGCGACACCACUAACCGCAGUUUCCGGACUCAGUUGGCCGCUGUUCUAGAAAAAUUAACGAAAGCGGCUCUGGUUGAGAUCGGCAACCUGGCAGACGAGUGCUGCUCCGUCCUUCACACCGAGAUAUCGCUGCAUAAAACGGAGAACGAGGCUCUGAAGAAGCGGUGCUACUCAUUGGAGGUCCAGCUGAGGGCUGCCAAGGAGGCGCAGGGCUUUCCCGCCCCCGUCAACAGUGUUGGUGGGCGUCACACUGCAGAUCAGCAGCAUUCAGCUCCAGCCAUUGAUGGGGUAUUUGGAAAAGACUGGUGUAUGGACUUUUGGAGAGAAGAGAAACUCCCUUCUCACGGAAAAGAUACGAUGGAGCCCGCUGCAAUGACAAGCAUGGCCAUUCCGUCGAUAGACUUGACGGUGAGAGAACCUGAUCUUAUCUACAUAAAGGAGGAGAUGUAUGAUGAGCAUCCUAUUGGACAGCAUAUGAAUUACACAGACAAUAGAAAAAUUGCUGGGAUUUUUGGAGAGGAGAAUUUGCUUCAUAGACCUGUUGAUGACCUGCAGCUCCACUCGGGAGAAUUAAACACCUUUCCUGUAGCAACUGACAGUCAAACACAACAAAGGAAUCAACCAACAAUUAUGGACAAGAUAAUAGAUGAUGCAACAAUGAGCACUCUGUCCAACAACGCAAAUCCUUCUUCAGCGACAGCUGAGUUUUCUAACUAUGGCGAUAAUAUCCAAAUAAGUACAAUUGAAGCCCCUACCAUUCAGCCGAGGCUCGUGAAGCCCAAGAAACGGUUUGAGUGCUUAUUCUGUGGGAAAAUGUUUAACUACUUGAGUAGUUUGAAAGUCCAUGUCCGACGACACUCUGGCGAGAAGCCGUUUAGUUGCUCCGUUUGCGGUAAGCCAUUUGCCCAGAAAACAUAUUUGAAAUUGCAUCAGCGUGUGCACUCAGGAGAGAAGCCAUACAGCUGUCCAAACUGCGGCAAAAGUUUUUCCCAGAAAAGCUCUCUGAACAUACAUCUACGGACACACACUGGUGAGAAGCCGUACAGUUGCCUGGGUUGCGGGAAGUGUUACGCAUAUAAGUACGGUCUCAACCACCACCAGUGUUUCAACCAAACCACUCAAUGAGCUUUGUAACCAGUGAAAGGUUCAUGUUUGACAGGAAGUUCUUUCGACUGUGUUCAGAGUAGAUAUACUGUACUCGUGCCAAUUUGUACAGUACAAAGGGAAAGUUAAAAAAAUACUCAUUAAAAUAAAGUCAGAUUUUAAUAGAAAAUUGAAUUAACAGUACUGCUGUGAAAUCUAAGCUUGUUUGCUGUGUUUUUUUAUUUCCUUAUACGAGAUGUGCCGCAGUAUUAAGACAGAAAAUAGAAACACUAGUAUUGGUACUUUUUUAUAAUGUCUGUUGAAAUGGCAGGAUCGAGUAGAGCACACCUAACACAUACAUAUGCUAUGUCCAACCAUCUGAUAUGUACAGUUCUGUUACUGUAUAUAAACAGAAGAAAGGUGUUCCAAAUGAUUACAGAAAGUAUUUUGAAAAUAAUUUAAAUCAUGCAUGCUGUCAAACUCACAUGGUUGGCAUUACCUCAUGUUAAUAAGGUCACAAUGGCCUUUGUUCAAUAAUGCCAAAAUAUGCUCAGUUUUUUGCACAAUGUGUAGCACAAAUGUACAAACUACCUCUUCACAACAAAUGAGAAGUGUAACCAACUCACAACAGUUUGCUUUAUUGUUAGUCUCAUCAAAAUGUGGUCAUUCUCAAAAUGCUGAGCCUGUCUUUUUGGCCUGUAAACGGGAGAAAAGAAUGAAGUAACAUUGUUGUUUUAUGAAAUGAUGUGUGUGGUCACAUGAUAUUAAAACGAUUUACAGGCA